GUCCGUCGAAGAGCCCCUUGGCCUCCUGUCACCGUCUGCCCGCCUGAACGAUGGUUGCGAUAGCACAGCAUUGAGUCGCCGUUUUAUCAAGAAAGAGAUAGAAAAAGAGAAAGAAAGAGAGAGAGAGACGGACAGGGAAGGGGGUCAAAAAGAAAGACAAGAAAGGAAAAAGAAGAGAAAAAAAGGGGUUGAUAGCUACCAGGAAAGGCAGAGAAAAAGCACUGUGUGGAGGAGGAUAUAUACUGCAUUGUGAACCUCACGGAUGGGCCUGUCGACAUAAUCCUCCGCCGGGAACCCUCCCUCCCUUUUCAUCACCAUGCAUUGGAAACUCCGCCUGGGCGCGUUUGACGGCAGUGAGUCCAAGAGACACCCCCGCCUCGUCGAGGCCCAGCCGCACGCCCGCCACAGCGAGCACCUGCCGCGUCCCGCCCCUUCUUCUUCCUCCCAGCUGGCUCUUCGACACUCCGAAUCGGCCCCUCGCUCGCCGAUUCUGGGUGACGAUGGUGACGACGGUGACUACAAUGGUGGUGGUGGCGGCAGCGGCGGCGAGAACAAGGCCACGGUUCGACUCGCCGUACCAGGAAGCCGGGACGGGUCAGUUUUGGAGACUGUCACCUCGGCGCAGCAGAGGAGACCGAGAAAUGCCGUGGCUGACACCCCGUCGUUGCGUCGGAACCGCUUCAGCUUCAUGAAACUGCGCCAUGCUUCUGACCCCCAGCUCUCCGCCUCAUACGCCAGGGCGGAACAGGCCGCGCCUCCUCCAGUCCCUGCUUUACCGCCUCCCACCAUCAUCACUACAGCCCCUACCAGUAUUGAUCUCGAUCAGCCCCUUAAACGAAAGAGCAAGAUCAAUUUCCUCCCACGACCCAAGAAGUCAAUGGAAAACCUGUCGUCGAACUUCAAUGGCCGGGGGUCAAGUCAAAAAUCGCUCAAGAGCAGACACUUGGCCCAGGGGUCCACCGACACCCAAGGCAGUGAUCUCAGCAUGCCAGUCACCCGGCCAAGCUAUGAAGAGCCAGGGAGACUCUCCACCACCUCGAUCCGUAGUGGCGGCGCCGGUCAGAACAACAAUCUCGGCAUGACCGACUCCUCUCAUCAGUCAUCCGCAACCGAUACCCGCUUCUCAGAGUCCUCCCGGUCUGAUCAGAGUCUGGCGGACCAGACCAUCUCUCCCGCCCCGUCGCAUGAGGACGGAGUCGCCUCCUCCUUGGCGAAGCGAUUCCGCAUGCCUCGAUUGAAGCGCAACCGAGGUCCCCUCUUCCCCUUACCCCCCAAAUCUACCAUUCUGGAGGACGGAAACACCCCCCCGCCUUCGUCGUCAUCCAUUCUCCGCGCCACCAAGGAUUCGGUCUCGGCAUCGGCAUCCGCAGUGCCCUCGACCGCCGCCACGGCAACUGCAACUCCCAGGUCCGUCGCCAUCGGUGACACUGUCGAUGUCGACCAUGUCUCGCCGCUUCCAUCUCCCUCCCGCUCCGCGGUGGCCCUCGUCGGCGCUGGGCCGUCGUCACAGCCCGCCUUGCUGCGGCACAGUUCGUCCCGAUCAGCCCGCUCCGCGCAUUCUGUCUCGUCCCAGCGAGAUUCGCUCGUCCUCCGCCCCGGCCGCGAGCGAUCGUCCACCAUGGGCUCGCUGGCCGACCAUAAUCCGUCUCCGCGUCUGAUCUCCACGCGUACCUCGAGCUCCACCAACGCGCGGAAGAGUAUCGGCGACCUCUUCAGCAUCUCGCAGCGUCUCCGACAGAAUUCAGAACCCCCUUUCCCCCGCAACGGGUCUCCGGGCGUCGGCGGUGGUUCGGCCACCCCUGUUUCCAAACGGGGAUCCCUAUCCAUCUCUCGCGAGGCCCCCUCGUACCCGCCUCGCGAGGAGACCGAUACCCCCGCGACCUACCUCACGCGCCUGCAGGAGACGGUGCCCAAGGCCACCAUCGCCAGCAUUCUCGCUCACUCCGAUGAAGAGUUCUACAAGACCGCCUUGCGGAAAUACAUGCGCGGCUUCCUGUACUUUGGUGACCCGGUCGAUAUGGCCAUCCGCAAACUCCUCAUGGAGGUCGAACUGCCCAAGGAGACCCAACAGAUCGACCGCGUCCUGCAGGGAUUUGCUGACCGAUAUCACGAAUGCAACCCGGGCAUCUUCGCGUCCACCGACCAGGCGUAUUUCAUCGCGUUUUCCAUCCUCAUCCUCCACACUGACGUCUUCAACAAGAACAACAAGCGCAAGAUGCAGCGCCAUGACUACGUCAAGAACACCCGCGGAGAGGGCAUCGCCGAUGAGAUCUUGGAAUGUUUCUACGAGAACAUCUCCUACACGCCCUUCAUCCACAUCGAAGACGCCAACUUCAACGCUCGCCACCUCAGCCGACCGCGCCGCACCCUGUUCAAGUCCACCAGCUCAGAACACCUAUACGGCUCGUCCAAGGAGCCCGUGGAUCCGUACACGCUGAUCCUGGACGGCAAGCUCGACAGUCUCCGACCCAGUCUGAAGGAGGUUGUGAAUCUGGAGGACACGUACAGCUGCCACGGCACCUUUGGACCCCCGAACAUGCACACGCUGCACCGCGCCUUCAGCCGGUCCAGCAUCCUGCAGAUCGUGUCCGCUCGCUCGCGGCCGGACGCCUUCCUGACCCCCUCCAGCAUCGAUAACCCGGCCGGGUCGCAUCCGGGCCUGGUCGACAUCAAAGUUGCCAAGGUCGGGCUCCUCUGGCGCAAGGACCCGAAGAAGAAGCGGACCCGAUCGCCGUGGCAGGAAUGGGGCGCCCUCCUGACCUUUUCACAACUCUACUUCUUCAAGGACGUCAACUGGGUCCGCACCCUGAUCUCCCAAGCCGAGGUCCACCAGAAGUCUGGUCGGAAGCGUGGGGUCGUCUUCAAACCCCCGCUUACUGACUUCAAACCCGAUGCCAUCAUGUCCACGGACGAUGCGGUGGCCCUGCUUGACUCCAGCUACCGCAAACACAAGCACGCCUUCGUCUUCGUCCGCCAUAACGCCCUGGAGGAGGUCUUCCUGGCCAACUCCGACGCCGACAUGAACGAUUGGCUUGCAAAGCUGAACUAUGCCGCCGCGUUCCGGACCACUGGCGUCCGUACCCAAGGCAUGAUCAACACCGCCAACUACGACGUCGGCCGGAAUCGUAUGGAUCGCAUGAGCUCGGUCAUGUCGGAGGAGGACUCGCUCCAGUCGCCCGCGGAGAAGGAACCUCCCUCCCCCAACAUCGAUGACUCCGAAGUCCCCGAAGAGUUCGUCGAGGCGCGGAAGCAACAGAUGUAUCAGCGAGUUCAAGAGGCGAACGAGAAACUCGCUGCGUGUCAGACUCAGCUGGACGACCUGCUGCGAAACGCGCGGCAUCUGCAGAUCCUCACCCCCGUGCAUUCCCGAGCCCGUGAACAGGUCAUCAUGGCGGCCGGCCGCAUGUCCGCCAAACUCAAAUGGGUUCGUCAGGACAUCUGGCGCACUACUUGCUACCGAGAUAUCCUACAGCGAGACCUAGGUGAAGACCAGUCUUCGUCGUCGUCGGCUAGCAGCAGUGGUGGUGGUGGUGGUGGUAGUGGUGGUAAUAAUAAUGAACCGGUUAAAUCGCCAAUGGCGGUAGCCGCCGCGACGGUGGCGAUGACGACGGCGACAACGACACAGUCGGCGCCCCCGACUACCAGCACAUCCUCGAUCUCGGAACCAGUUUCAUCUAGCGGAGACACCCGCGACCGCGUUUCGACUUCUGCCACUACAGCGGAAACCCCGCUGAGGAUUAUGAUCCCCGACAUCUCCACCACGAUCGAUAGCAUCUCAGUGCCUAUCCGAGACACACGGCGACUUAGUAUUCCAUCUUCGAUCACUUCAUCUGACGCCAACAGGGCCAGUUGGAGGCUGUCCGCGGAUCUGGCCAAGGAACGGGCCAAAUCGUGCUCUCCGGACCGCCAGCCCUCAGUGCUCAGCUCGACCAGUUUAGCCUCCCGCGCGUCAAGACCGACUGCUCCUGCUGCUGCUUCGAUAUCUCGCACCAGCUUCGAGGAAGGGGAAGAACUGGUCCUGCGGGACGCCGGUCUCUUGGGGCCGGAGAGCCCCUCGAUGCAAAGGCAGACCUUCCUGCCCGAGGGGGACGCCUUGCACGAGACUACAUCCGGGGAGCAGGGCUCCUCACGCGUCCGCCGGAGUCUCCACCGGACCCUUCGGGACUCGUAUCACAGUGCGAGCAGUCGAAGCGGCCGCAAAGCCCGCGACUCCAUGUCGAGUAUCACGGCGACCAUCGGACAACCUGGGGACGAGGAGCCGACCACCACGGAAACCGGGGAGGGGCUCUCGCGGAAGACGCCCAGCUUCACCGUGCACGGCAAGAAGGCCUCCAUUGUGACAUUCGGAUCCGAGUGGAACACGAUGUCGCCGGAAGAACGUCUCAAGCAGCGCAAGCCGACACCUUCGGAAGCAGCCACUUCUGACGGAACCACUGCUCCUGCUCCUGCUCCUGCUGCUGCUGCUGCUGCUACCACAGCAGAUGGUACCGAAUCAUUUGCCUCGAGUUCCAUCCAUGGUGGCCGGCCACCGUCUCUCCGCAGUGCGAGCACUGUGGCGCGGAGCUUCCGUCACCAGGAAGAUACGAUCGAGGAACCGCCGAGUCCCCCCGUCGUCACCGGCGAGGGGAACGAGGAUCUGGGAAACACUGGUGACCACCAGGACGCUGUUGACAUGGACCACAUGCCGGGUUAAAACAGCAUGCCCCAGAGCCCUCUCGGCCAGGCGGUUGGG